AUGGUUCGGAACAAUUCGUCGAGGCGCUGGGACCUCUACCGGACACACAAGCUUUUGGUGGCACGGAUGGUGGCAGCUUGCGCUGGACACCGGCUGGGUCUCGCUUCAGCAAAAUUUGUCGAGGAGUUCGCACCACGGCAGGGCCACGGUUCGACAAGAUUCCGGCAGUGGCUCGGAUGGUGGCAGUUUGCACUGGACACCGCGCGCUGGCAACUUAGCCGGGCCGCCGCAAAGCACAACUCUGCUACCACGGUCCAACACGGAUCCGGUAGUGGCAAUUUGCGCUGGAGACUACGUGCGUUUCGGCACAAAUCGGUUGAGUCCUCCGAUCGCCCCGGAGGCAAUUUGUGC